GGCUUGCACUUAGAUGGAACAGAGUGUCUGUCGUUUUUGGGGAGUCUCUAAAUCGCUGUCAACCGGAUUUACGCCCGAGUGGUUGCGCCAGGGAUUCCAGUUGAGACGCCGGCCAAGUCUGGACGGCACGUCGUCACGCUUCUUUCGUGGAGGAAUAACCGCCGACGAAAAAUGAGCCCAACCGAUGCUAAGCGAGGGGCUAAACGCAGGAAGAACAAGCGGGGCGGUGGCAGUAGUUGCAGCGCUGUCUGCAAUACCAGCGGUGGCAAGGCCGGGGUCGCCUCGGCCCUGGGCUGUGCGGGAACAGCGACACCCGCCUCCGUCGUGAGCUUUUUAACAACCGGCAAUGCGGGCAACGGGACUAUCGGGUCCGCGGCGGGCGUAAACGGAGAGGUAAGCAGCAGUGUUACACCACAAUUUACAGAAGGACCAGUGAAUGCGGUCUUCUCCGCAAUCCUUCAGACCCCGUUCACGUUCGGCAUGAACAAGCGGGCUCCGUACACGGCCGGCGAUAGCUGCCUCUUAUGCCGAUGCGAGCGCAAAGACACUCCCAUACCGCCGGAGGCGGGGAUCUCGGGCCAGAACGGUACGACGCAGCCCAACAAGGCCGCCAGCGCCCUCCAGCUGCCUCUGUGGGUGUGCUCCGAUUGCAGACGUACAGUGGAGAAGGAGGACCGACACACUGCGCUGGAGCAGUCUUUGGGGAGCCAGGACUUCCUUUUGCACAUGCCCGUGGGGAACGGAAACCUCGGCCAGGAGGCAGCCACAGGGGACCGACUGACCUCUGCUGUGCCCAUGCUGCCUGCGCCAGACCUCACCGCGCCGAUACCGGCCGACACCGUGUGCAGCUGUGAAGCCUGCAACGAGAGGCGGGAGAUCUCUGCGGAAUCGGAGAGGGAGUCGCAGCAGCUACAGAACCACUGGUCCGAGGUCCGCUACCUGGUGCGCUGCAUCUACCGUCAGACAGGAACACCACUGGCAGAUGACCACGACCAGCCCCUGGAGAGGGACAAGGAGGGCAUGAAGGAGCUGGUCGAUAGACUCUGUGAGAAGGACCCUUACCAGCUGUAUCAACGGUUGGAGCAGCAGGCGCGUGAAUACGUCUUGGAAAUGAAGGUGCGGCUACUGAAGCACCUCUCGACGGGACCCAAGACUGCAGGACCAGCGGGCACUGUGGCUGCAGCCCUGGGUCCUCCUCAGGCCUACCAGUUCAUUUCCCUGCUGCUGGAGGAGUACAACGCGCUUUGUCAAGCUGCACGCACCAUCAGCAGCUUUCUGCUCACCUUGGAAAAUGAGCACCUUCAGAAGUUCCAGGUGACGUGGGAGCUGCACAACAAGCACCUUUUUGAGAAUCUGGUGUUCUCUGAACCCGUCUUGCACAGCAGUUUACCUGCACUGGUUGCACAGCUGAAACAUGGCACAGCCUCCCACGAUUCAUACAACGAAGAUAUGUACAGGACCUCGUUAGGAAGUUACCAUCAACUGCAGCAUGACAUGGCUUUGGUGGCUACUGAAUGGCAGGAAUGUGAGAAGAGGAUCGAUGACUAUGUAGACGAACAGCUGCUUUUCAAGGUGGAGGGUCAGAGUCUCACCAACCAAAGAACAGAGCCCCACAAGUCUUUGAUUAGCAAAAACACUCUGAAGACCAAGCAGCGAAUGCUGAAGGAGGACUGGGAGUUCUUUAAGCAGAGGAGGUUCAUAGAAGAACAGUUACCCAACAGUAAGAAGCCCCCCACCGGAGAACACUACUUCACAGACACCAUGAGGAUGCUCUCAUCUCGUCUGAGUAUUCCAGACUGCCCAAACUGCAAUUAUAGAAGAAGGUGCACGUGUGAUGACUGUAGUCUAUCCCACAUCCUCACCUGUGGCAUCAUGGACUCUCCCAUCGCUGAGGACCUCCACAUCAAGCUGCCCCUGCAAGGGGAAGCCCCCCACGAUUACCUGGCUCAGGUGCACCCCCCCAGCCUCUCCUCCGGCAGCUCCGCCUCCGGCUCCAACUCCAGUUCCCCCAUCACCAUCCAGCAGCAUCCACGGCUCAUUCUGCCUGAAGGAGAUACCAACACGUUUAUCAGUGAUGAUGACGAAGUGCCUCCGUUGUCCAAUAAGUUCGGGGACAUCUACCCUCUGACUGCUUAUGAGGAGAGCAGUGUUGUGGCCGCUGCUGGUAACGGCCUCCAUAGUGACAUCAAUGGGGAAUGCGAGAACGGGGAACUAAAGGAAGGGUGUCUUCGGAUGAGCAGCAGCAGCUCAUCAGAGGGUGACGAGGAGGAAGUGUAUGGUGAGGUCGGUGGGGAGCCCCUUGGCCAGCGGGAGGAGCUCUCCUCCGGAAAGACCAUCAGCCCUCCACCUUCUUACAACCACCAACAGGUAGAACCGGUCCAGCAUGCCUGCGAGUGCCACGUGUGCAACCAAGACCCGGGCUCCUCGGCCCCCGCCCCUGCAACCUGCCCACCCGCCAGUCGCCUCCACGCUGCACCUCCUCCCACUGUUGGACACCAGUUCUUCACAGACAGCAAGACACCUCCUGCCCACCCCGCCCUGCACCUCUACCCCCACAUCCACGGCCACCUGCCCCUGCACAAUUUCUCCCGACCCCUGCUGCACCCUACACUUUACCCUCCCAGUCCUCCUCUCACGCACAACAAGCCUUUGCCCCCGAAUCCUACAUCCAACUACUCCGCGGCCAAGCAGCCGGCCUUCAGCCCAUCGAUACCGGAGCACGUUUACCAGAACUGCUUCGGCGGUGCAUGUGGAGCGGGAGACUGGAACAGCUCGCUGCAGUGUCUCUCGCUGAAGUUUGAGAACCUUUGGGACGCUGCUGUGAUGAAGAGCUGGAAUCCAUCUGUCCUGUUGCCCGAGUCCCUUCCAGGUGACGUGCUCGGCCCGCCGCUCGCUGACAUGCCCCUCCCCCCAGCAUCAUCGUCAUCGAUCGGACCCCAAGGGGAGCACCCCUCGCUGCCCACCCCUAUUCCCCCUUCCUGCUCCGCCUCGUCGUCGCUGUCGUCGUCUUCGUCCUCGUCCUCGUCGUCGUCUUCAUGCUCCUCUUCAGAAGCCAAACAGCAGAAGAAGAGUGGCGCCAAGAAGAAGUGUCUCUACAAUUUCCAGGAUGCCUUCAUGGAGACCAACCGCGUAGUGAUGGCCACCUCUGCCUCCACGUGCUCUGUGUCCUGCACUGCCACCACGGUCCAGUCAAGUAAUAACCCCCUCAUCCACCUUGCAUCCAAAAGACCCAACUCUUUAGACGAUGUUUUUCACAAUCUAGGUAAAGAGGACCAUAGGCCACCCGCUCCAGCCCCUCCUAGAAACUGUCCCGCCGGACUCACCUCCCUCCCGCCACUCUCGGCCCCCACCCUUCCCCCAGCACCCACCACGCACCUUCCCACACUGGGAUCACAGCCCUUCCCAAAGAUGGCUGCCCCAGUCCCGGACUUCAUCGAAGCCCACCAGGGUCUGUGCCUCCCGCCUGCCGAGCCCCCGGCCUCCUCAGCAGAUGGUCCCGUCAGUGCUCCACCCAGUGUCUGCAGCGAUCCGGACUGCGAAGGCCAUCGCUGUGAGGGGAACGGGGCGUACGAGCACCAGCCGUACGAUGGGGAGGAGAGUCAGGACGACGACAGCUGCUCCGAGCACAGCUCCUCCACCUCCACCUCCACCAACCAGAAAGAAGGAAAGUACUGCGACUGCUGCUACUGCGAGUUCUUCGGGCACGGCGGGCCCCCCGCUGCUCCGACCAGUCGAAACUAUGCAGAGAUGCGAGAGAAGCUGCGCUUGCGUCUGACGAAACGUAAGGAGGAGCAGCCUAAACGGGAGGAGCAGCAGCCGGUGAUCGAGCCGGAUCGAGGGGUGGAGGACCACAGGCGAGUGGAGGACCUAUUGCAGUUCAUCAAUAGUGCCGACAACAAACCGGUUUCCAGUUCGAAAGCGGCCAAACGGGCGAGGCACAAACAGAAGAAGAUGGAGGAGAAGGCUCGUAUGGAGGCGGAGGCCCACGAGAGGGAGGAGCAGCAGAUGUUGGAGGAGCAGCAACGACGGCAGCGGCAGGAAGAGGAAGAGGCAGCGCUUCAAAAGGAACUGCUCCGGCUGCAAGAGCUGCAGCACCACCGGGCCGCCAAGAAGAAAAAGAAAGAGAAAGCGAAGGAAAACACCGCGCCCCCACCAAACAACCCACAGCCCCUCAGACAGACAGCUCAGAACGUCUUAGAUAACCUUCACAAGGGAAAGUCGCACUCGCUGCUUCAAACCCUCAUCCGGCUCCCUGAAAAGAAGGAGCCCAGAUUAGAGCCCCUGCCACCCCGCCCCAACACACAGCACAGCCCCAAGCGCACUAGUGAGAGGGGGUUUUCUACUGAGGCCAAGUGUCACGCCCUCCUCCACAAUGGCACUCCUACAUCCUCGCUCGAGGUCACCAGCAAAGUAAAGGCCAAGCCGUCCGCCAAAGUGGCCACUUGUGCGUCUGCCCUGAAGAAAACCCCAGAGUUGCCCAAAUGCUCCGAUGUGGCAGCAAAGCUAGCGAACGGCACCCUCCCCAGGACUACACCGGACCAUAAAGCCACCAGAAUCAGGCCUGCCGAGGCCCUGGCUCCUCUCCCGACCACUGAACCCAGGAGGGAGGAAAGGUGUCACAGUGGAGGCGCCAGUGGAAAAAGGCAGCAUCAGCAGCUACAACAACCGCCGACCCCGAUGAAGGAAGGGAGGAGGAGUCCGCCCGCGUCAAACCCUUCCCCGUCACCGCCUCCAGCCUCCCAGGCCGAGCAGAACGGCAAAGCCCCCAGUGCAGAAUCCCCUCAGCCCAAAGGCAAGACCAAGAAGAGCAAGAAGAAGAAGGGGGAAAAGCCCAACUCCUCCAUAGAUGACGUAUUCUUGCCCAAAGACAUCGACCUGGAUAGCACAGAAAUGGAUGAGACAGAGAGGGAGGUGGAAUAUUUCAAAAGGUUUUGUCUGGAUUCGGCCCGGCAGACCCGCCAGCGGCUUUCCAUCAACUGGUCAAACUUUACUUUGAAGAAAGCCACGUUCGCUGCACACUGAGGCUGCUUGUUGGUCAGUGACUGUCGGGACACAAUCAGAACCUCAACAGCUAUUCCAACCCACACGACCCACACGACCCCUCCCCCUUUACCUCCACCCAGCUGUUGUCCUCCUGGAACUUCUCUCCUGCUGUGCCCAAAUCACACCCACGCUGCCUUGCUUUGUUCUUGUUGCUGUGUGGUUCCAACACGGACCCAUCUGGAUCGAUCCACCUGCAGAACUUAUAUGAAAUAAAUUACACAAAAGAAUCACAAAAAGCUACUUUACAUCUGAUUAAUUUUCCUUGCGUGCUUGUGUGCUUUUAUUCUGAGUUGGGCAUUUCUUUUGACUUAAAAAGCCAUGGUCUGAAAUGAUUUUCUUUUUAAUGGCUUACCUAUCGUCAAAAGAUGCUUAAUAUGUCUGGAUGGUUUCCUUCCAAAAAAACAGAAAAUGGAAACUACAAAAAAAAGAGAAAUGUACUGAAUUAAAAGCUGUAUUUGAUAUUGUGGCUUAAUAUCCCAUCGUUUCCCGUUCCUAGCACGGCAUCUCAUCUACAUUGACAAGGGAAUGGGUUUGGUCAGCUGGUCCCCACCUCCCUCACCCCUCCUCACCCCUCACCUCACACCCUUACAACCACCCUGUUUCACAGAAAGGAGGAAAGCGUAAUACUUGACAAUGUUCUUUUUUGGUUUUUAAGUUCUGUUUAACAAACUGUUGAGUAAAAGUGUACCAGUUACAGUUUUUGUUUUCUUUAUUUUUGACCUGUAGCCAGCUUGUAUCAGAAUACUUUCAGAAUGAAAUCAAAAAAGAACAAUACUCACACUAUCAAUCUGUUAUAGAGUGUAUAUUGUAUUAACACUGAAGCCAAACUGGCUACUUUUAACAUAUUGUUAAGUAAUAUUAAAUCUUGUCUUUCUUUUUUGAAAGAUGGAAUACAGUAGUACGGCAGGA